GCUUUAAUUGGGUGUACAUAAAAAGCCGCAUCCUUUGGCCGCCUCGUCAUCCGCUGAAGAAAAAGACUGCCUUUGACGAAAAAAGAAAGAUAUGGAGAAUGACCGGGAUAAGAAAAGUACUUUAGCUUCAACUUCAGACACAGAAAUGAAACCUCAACAACUGCCUACUUGUGUGAACCCUGGCAAUCCUGUGUUUUCAUGUAUGUUGGAUCCAAAAACACUCCUUACAGCUACCUCACUAUCAGAGCCUAAGAUGAUUAUGUAUAAAACCAAUUCAAGUACUUAUGGUGAAUGUUUACCUACACCACAGUUUUUUCCCUGCAUUUAUACUCCAAAAGAGCAAGAAUUUUCAAGGCAUAUCAGAGCUACGGGAUUUUAUCAAAAUAACACUCUAAAUACUGCACCCGACAAAACCAGAACCUAUAAUUUUCAACAUCCUCUAUGAAAAUAUAUUCCUUUGUAUGUUUAACAGAAAAUAUACUCAGAAAAAAAAAAUGAGUUUUAAGUCUAAGGCUAGAAUACCUAAUUGGGAAUAUGGAAAGAUUUUAAUUUUAAAAAAUAUUUUAAAGAAAUAAAGUAUUUCAACUGAUAA